AUGUGGGGCAAUAUCGGCAUCAACUUGGCUACAAAUUGGACAGCUUAUGAUGAGCAGUUCGUAUUAUUAAUUUAUCUGCUGCUGCAUUCUUCAAUUUAUUUGGGCCACCUAUGAGCCUUAUAUGUCUGCCUUGUCCAAGGAUUUGUGGCUGCCACGGGAUGUCCUGAUAUGUGGAUGCUUGAAAGGAUUUAGUUCAAUGCAAAAGGCAGGAGUGAGAUUUGUGAAGAUGAUAGCCAACCAUGGUAAUGGUGCUGUUACCGUAAUCCUUUGUAGGGAGAGCUUUCUGCCAUACUCCCGCUUCUUUCUUUCCCCUACAGGCUGGGUAUGUCAAAUUGGAAUACAUUGCAGCUACACAUACGGACAUGGUGCAAUGCAGAAUAUUCAAGAUAUUUGUUGGAAAAUGCCAAUUUAUGGCUUGAUUUCAAAGUUGCCCGUGGAGCUGAUCUGAAGGCUGUGAAUGCAUGACUGGUUGACACCAUCCACUUCCCCAUUCCCCCCUCCCGCCAUACCCAAAAAAAGAAAAGAAAAAAGGGAAACAUAAAAGGACAAAGAAAGAAAAAUUGUGAUAUUUUAUUAUUAUUCCUUUUUGAAAACCCAUCAUAAUUGAUUUAGCACUGGAAAUUUAAUGACUUAUGACUUAUGGGGAUCUUUCAGAGUUGCAAACAUGUCACCUGACACCCCAAGUAUAACAAAGCUGAGGAAAAAAUGUUCGUCUUGGUUAAUAAAACAUCGUCAGUUUCUGUUCUCUCUUUCUGACCUUUUGUGUUGAGCCUCUUCUUUGUGAAUGAAUUUCAACCAGAUUUUCAUUUUUUUACCCCAUCAAACUCUGCAGAUGUAAAAGAAACUAGCCGAAUCAUGGUGGAUGUACGGGCAAUAUUUUGCCAUCUCAAUUUGUGCACAAUUUCAAGUGUUGAAUGUGAACAUGCGGAUGCAUGAUGCGAAUUCAUUUU